UGGACCAGCCUCCUGCAGCCUUGUUUGAGAGGGAGGCAGCAAGUGAGCCAGAGAAGCCGUUGGGAAUUGUGAGCGUUUUGUUGCUGAGAUGGCCAGGUUGAGUAUGUGGCGGAGCCCCGCGGUGCUGCCCCUGUCCUGCAUGGAGGAGCCGGUCGCCUCGGGCAUUCGCAGGAGCAGCAGCAUGCCGGUGAUCCGGCAGGCGUACCCGGAGAGCAGCAGCGUCGUUCGGCCAUUCAGUGAGAUUCCUGGACUCUGGAAGAACGGGGUGGUCAACCUGUACAACUUCUGGAAACUGGACGGCUUUAGAAACCUUCACCGUAUCAUGCUGCAGAACUUCAACACAUUUGGACCUAUUUACAGGGAGAAAAUAGGUUAUUAUGAAAGUGUAAAUAUCAUCAAACCAGAGGAUGCUGCAAUUCUCUUUAAAGCAGAGGGCCAUUAUCCUAAAAGGCUGAAAGUUGAAGCAUGGACGUCAUACAGAGACUACAGGAACCGCAAAUAUGGGGUUCUCCUAAAGAAUGGUGAAGACUGGAGAAACAACCGUGUGAUUCUUAACAAGGAGGUGAUUUCCCUGAAGAUGCUAGAAAACUUUGUACCAUUGCUGGACGAUGUGGGCCAGGAUUUUGUGGCCAGAGUUCACAAAAAAAUUAUACGAAGUGGCCAGAACAAAUGGACCACAGACUUGUCUCAAGAACUUUUCAAAUACGCUCUAGAGUCGGUGAGCUCAGUGCUGUACGGGGAGCGGCUGGGCCUGAUGCUGGAUUACAUUGACCCUGAAGCUCAGCGCUUUAUAGACUGCAUCACACUCAUGUUCAAGACCACUUCCCCCAUGCUGUACAUUCCUCCUGCUCUGCUGAGGCAGGUCGGAGCAAAGGUGUGGCGGGACCACGUAGAGGCGUGGGAUGGAAUAUUUAACCAAGCUGACCGCUGCAUCCAGAACAUCUACAGGCAGCUGCGUCAGGAAACAGGAGCAUCCACAGAAUACCCAGGAGUGUUGGCCAGUUUGCUUCUGUUGGACAAGCUGUCCAUUGAAGAUAUCAAGGCCAGUGUGACUGAACUAAUGGCUGGAGGAGUGGACACUACUUCCAUAACGCUCCUGUGGACGCUGUAUGAAUUAGCCAGACACCCAAACCUCCAGGAGGAGCUGAGGGCAGAGGUUGCUGUGGCUCGGACUGCAAGCCAGGGGAACAUGCUGGACAUGCUGAAGAGGAUUCCUUUGGUCAAAGGCGCCCUUAAAGAAACACUCAGAUUGCAUCCAGUUGCAGUAAGCCUGCAAAGAUACAUAGCUGAAGACAUAAUUAUUCAAAACUAUCACAUUCCAGCUGGGACUUUGGUCCAGUUAGGGCUUUAUGCGAUGGGCAGGGACCCCAAGGUGUUCUUCCGUCCAGAGCAGUACCUUCCGUCUCGCUGGCUGAGGACUGAGACGCAGUACUUCAGAAGCCUGGGCUUUGGCUUUGGUCCCCGUCAGUGUCUGGGACGCAGGAUAGCUGAGACAGAGAUGCAGAUCUUUCUUAUCCAUAUGCUUGAAAACUUCCGAAUUGAGAAGCAGCGCAAUUUGGAAGUACAGAGUAUGUUUGAGCUUAUUCUCUUGCCAGAUAAGCCUAUAAUAUUAACUCUGAAACCUCUGCAAGUCAGUCAGUAAAGCAUUUAGGACAUUUCUGAUGCAUGUGAAGCUGUUCUCUUUUCAAUAGCCCCUUUUGUUGGCUUCCAAAAGUAUUGCAGUCUUAAACGUCUUAAAUUCCUUAUGAAAAAGAUAAAAAUGUUACCUCAGAGGUUCAGUAGUCAUAUUUGCUGUACAUAGCUUAGUAA